AUGGAUAAGAAGCGAACAAAAGGAAAAUCAAAGAAUGCACUUUCUGAUAAUAGUGGAGAAGAUCCUCAUGCUGAUGUAUCCACUAAAUCAAAACAAAAGCGAGUGAGGUCUGAGAUCCGGGAAAAUGUGCCUGGUUCACCAAAAAUGCCAAAGCGAACAGUUUCCUCCACCACCUCCAAGCAUAAAUCAAUACGCUCGUCAGAUAAGUCCAUGAUUGUUGAAGCUAAAAGAAUUCAAGUAGUGAAAGAUGAGGAAACAGCUAUAAGCUCGACAACUGGCCAGGUUGAUAUUAAGCCAAACAGACGAUUGACAGAUUUCAUCUUUCACGAUGCAGAUGGAAAGCCACAGCCUGUUGAGAUGCUAGAAGUAUGUGAUUUAUAUGUUUCUGGUCUCAUUCUGUCUUUGGAGGGACCUUCAGGCGAAGAGAAGGAUACAGGGGUUCUAUGUGAAGGAUUUGGACCCCUUGAAUCUUGGGCAAUAUCUGGGUAUGAAGAUGGUUCACCAGUCAUAUGGGUCUCCACGGAAAUUGCUGAUUAUGACUGUGUUAAACCUGCCACCAGCUACAAAAUGUUGUAUGGCCUUUUCUUUGAAAAGGCUCGUGCAUGUGUUGAAAUUUAUAAAAGACUAUCAAAAUCUUCUGGAGGCAAUCCUGACCUUUGUGCUGAUGAGCUACUUGCAGCGGUUGUCCGCUCACUGAGUGGGAGUAAAAAUUUUCCUCGUGGAGCAUCUAUCAAAGACUUGAUAAUUUCCUGGGGUGGGUUCAUAUAUAAUCAGCUGAUUGGCUUGGAUGAGACAUCCACCAACAAUGAUCAGAUGUUUAGUGAACUGCCUGUUCUUGUUGCCCUUAGGGAAAAUAGUAAGAAAUGUAAGGAUUUUGAGCCUGCAAAGACAGUUCCAUCUGGAGUGGUGUUGAGAACAGAUGUGAGAACUGGAGAUGGCGACACAAUGAAUCAGUUAAAUACCUCCACUUGUGCAACCGAGGAAGAUGAAGAUGAAGAUAUGAAAUUGGCUUCAUUGUUGCAGGAAAAAGAGAAUUGGCAAUCAUUGAGGCAUAAGAAAAGGCAACGUUCAGUUACUUCCUCUAACAAGUUCUAUCUGAAGAUCAAUGAAGAUGAGAUUGCAAAUGACUAUCCGUUUCCAGCUUAUUAUAAAACCUCCAUCCCAGAGACAGAUGAGUACAUAAUAUUUGACAAUGAUAUGGAUGCUUAUGAUCCUGAUCAGCUUCCUCGAAGCAAGCUUCAUAACUGGUCUCUUUACAAUUCAGACUCGAGAUUGAUUUCAUUGGAGCUUCUGCCAAUGAAGCCAUGUGCUGAUAUUGAUGUGACCAUUUAUGGUUCGGGAAUUAUGACGGCUGAUGAUGGCAGCGGAUUUUGUCUUGAUGCUGACUCCCAUCUUUCUUCUUCUAGUUCUUCCGGGUCACAGGAUGUGGACGGUAUCCCAAUGUAUUUGAGUGCAAUAAAGGAGUGGAUGAUUGAAUUUGGAUCAUCAAUGGUCUUUAUUUCAAUUCGAACGGAUAUGGCCUGGUAUCGCCUGGGAAAGCCAUCAAAGCAGUACACUCCCUGGUAUGAACCAGUUUUAAAAACAGCGAGGCUUGCAAUUAGCAUCAUUACAUUGUUGAAGGAGCAGAGCCGAGUAUCACGUCUCUCUUUUGCAGAUGUCAUUAAGAGUGUGUCUGAAUUCAACAACGAUCACCCCUCUUACAUUUCUACCAGUCCGACUGUCGUGGAGAGGUAUGUGGUAGUUCAUGGGCAGAUAAUACUGCAACAAUUUGCUGAGUAUCCUGAUCAUACUAUUAGGAAGUGUGCUUUUGUGAACGGUCUUUACGAGAAAAUGGAAGAACGACAUCAUACCAAGUGGUUAGUGAAGAAAAAAGUGAUAUUGAAGAAGGAAGCAAAUAUGAACCCAAGAGCAACAAUGGCGCCCCUAGUCUCAAAAAGGAAGGCAAUGCCAGCUACAACAACCAGACUAAUUAGUAGAAUUUGGGGGGAGUACUACUCGAAUUACUUGCCUGAUGACUCGAAGGAGGAUAAUGGUCAAGAACUGAAGUAUGAUGAAGUUGAGGAAGAAGAAGAAGAAAAUGAAGAGGAAGACACUGAAGAGGUAGAAGAACAGAAAAUCCUACUGCCCGAGGAAAUUAAGAAACCUCAAUUAGCAUCAAAACAUAGGAAAACAGAUUAUUCUACAUCAGAAAUUGUAUGGGAUGGGGACACAGUUGGAAAAACAUGUGCAGGUGAGGCUAUUUAUAAACAAGCUAUUGUCCGUGGGAAUGUGGUUGCUGUAGGUGGUUCGGUGCUGGUGGAAACAGCUAACUCGAAUGAAUAUCUUCCUAUCUAUUUUGUAGAGUACAUGUUUGAAGACUUUGAUGCCAGGAAAUUGGUUCAUGGAAGAUUAAUGCUAAGAGGAUUUCAGACUGUUCUUGGCAACACUGCUAAUGAGAGGGAGGUAUUUCUGACAAAUGAUUGCUUGGAAUUUGAGCUUAGUGAUGUUAAAGAACCUGUGGUUGUGGAAACACGAUUAGUGCCUUGCGCCUAUCAACAUCGUAAGGAUAAUGCCAAUAGGGAUAAGAUUGAGAGGGCAAGAGCAGAGGAUAGGAAAUGUAGAGGAUUGCCCAUGGAAUACUUUUGUAAAAAUUUGUACUGGCCUGAGAGAGGUGCCUUCGUUUGUUUGCAUACUGAUAAAAUGGGUCUUGUGGAUCCAAGGGACAAUGAGACUUUUAAGAGUGGGAGGAAUGUGGGUCUUAAAGCGUAUGUGGUUUGUCACUUGCUGGAAAUCGAAGUGCCUAAGUCUCCUAAACAAGCUGACCUUGAAACUGUGAAGGUCAAAGUUAGGAGGUUUUUCAGACCAGAGGAUAUUUCAGCAGAGAAAGCAUACCGCUCUGAUAUUCGAGAGGUUUAUUACAGUGAAAAAAUAGUCAUGCUACCCAUAGCUGCUAUAGAAGGAAAGUGUGAAGUUAGAAAAAAGCAAGAUCUUCCAUCUCUGGAUAGCCCCUAUAUCUUGGAGCAUGUUUUCUUUUGUGAACAUCUCUAUGACCCUGAGAAGGGAGCUCUCAAGCAGUUGCCAGCUUGCAUUAACCUAAAUCCCUUUGGAGAAAGGAUAAUUAACGAUGCUGCAAGUAGAAAGAUAAAAGGGAAAUAUAAAGAAGGAGAAAAUGAUUUAAACAUCAUUGAAAAACAAAGUGAUUUGAAGAAUUGCCUGGCCACACUAGACAUUUUUGCUGGUUGUGGCGGAUUAUCUGAAGGUUUACAGCAAUCAGGUGUAUCAGUGACCAAGUGGGCAAUUGAGUAUGAUGAACCUGCAGGCGAAGCAUUUAACCUUAAUCAUCCAGAGGCAUUGACAUUCAUUGAUAAUUGCAAUGUGAUCCUCAGGGCUAUCAUGGCAGCAUGUGGGGAUUCAGAUGACUGUAUUUCAACUUCUGAGGCUGCUGAGUUGGCUUCAAAGCUUGAUGAAAAGAAGAUUAGUGUUCUGCCUCGCCCUGGACAAGUGGAUUUCAUAAAUGGAGGGCCACCGUGCCAGGGUUUUUCUGGGAUGAACAGGUUUAAUCAGAGCACUUGGAGCAAGGUUCAAUGUGAAAUGAUCUUGUCGUUCUUGUCUUUUGUUGAUUACUUCCGGCCCAAGUUUUUCCUCCUUGAGAAUGUGAGGACGUUCAUAUCUUUCAAUAAACGGCAGACAUUUCAGUUAACUUUGGUUUCUCUCCUUGAAAUGGGUUAUCAGGUGAGGUUUGGAAUUUUGGAAGCUGGGGCAUAUGGUGUUUCUCAAUCACGUAAACGUGCAUUCAUAUGGGCAGCAUCUCCUGAAGAGACACUCCCCGAAUGGCCAGAGCCUAUGAAUGUUUUUGCGGGUCCAGAACUUAAGAUUACAUUAAAUGCAAAUAUCCACCAUGCUGCCGUUCGAAGUACUGCAACUGGUGCCCCUUUUCGUGCAAUAACUGUAAGAGAUACUAUUGGUGAUCUCCCGGCUGUUGGAAAUGGGGCUUCAGUUACAGCUAUGGAUUACAAGAAUGAACCUGUCUCUUGGUUUCAAAAAGGGAUUCGAGGAGGUAUGCAUGUCUUAACUGAUCAUAUUUCCAAAGAAAUGAUUGAGUUAAAUCUCAUUCGGUGCCAAAGAAUUCCCAAACGUCCAGGUGCUGACUGGCGUGACCUCCCAGAUGAGAAGGUUCUGUUAUCGAAUGGACAGGUGGUUGACUUAAUACCCUGGUGCUUACCAAACACAGCCAAGAGGCAUAACCAAUGGAAGGGACUUUUUGGUAGGUUGGACUGGGAAGGAAACUUUCCAACCUCUAUCACUGAUCCUCAACCCAUGGGAAAGGUUGGAAUGUGCUUUCACCCUGAACAGGAUAGGAUACUCACUGUCCGGGAAUGUGCUCGAUCUCAGGGUUUUCCUGAUAGCUAUAAAUUUGCUGGAAACAUUCAAAAUAAACAUAGGCAGAUAGGCAAUGCUGUCCCUCCUCCUUUGGCCUUUGCGUUGGGGAGGAAACUCAAGGAAGCAAUAGAAGGAAAAUGCUCAACAAAGUGGCAUUGCGCUGAUCUGGCCAGUUAGUUUUCUGCUCAUUUGGGUUGGUAACUGGAGGUGAAUAUUUGCAAAUCAAACACAAUACUUCUGUAAACACAGACAAAUUGUUUUUGGUCCUCAAAAACAAUAUUAUAGAGUUAGAUACACAGAAGAGUUCACCAGGCAUACCCCUCUUCAUUUGUAGUGAAAAAUUGUAAAGGUAAACAUACCUCUCUUCAUCUCUGGUCAAAACGCCAAAUGUAUUGUUGAUUAUUGGAACUGAGGUAAUAAAUGGAAUUCACUGCAGCAAGUUUUAUUUCUGA